CCGCAGUUAGCGCCAUUAGCAGCUACAAACCGGACCGAACGGGACCGAGCAGCGAGCAGGCUGGGACCGAGCAUCUGUACCGGAGCUCCGUGAGCGGAGGGUUCCGUCUCUCCUUUCCCGGACACAGACGGAUAAAGACGCUGCUGCUGUCACAGAGCGCACAGACGGAGCAGAGCCGACAUUUUGUGUUAGUUUCGUUUUUGGCUCCAACAAACAACAGGCCGCGGAGCAGAGCAGGCCUCGGGGGUGAAAGGAUCUGAAUCACCUGUAUAACUGAACAAAAAAGAAAGGAAACCCCUCAGAAUCCAGCUUCGAUGUUGUCCAGCUGUUCUUCAUGUUAAAACCUCCAUCCUCCCAAAUCUCAGUGAUAUGGUUUCUUAGGACCGAGGAACCUUUGAGCCUGGAGGAUCAAAUGACUUUAAAAAGGAACCCUCUGAGCUCUGCAGCAUUCCUGAUCAUCCUGAUCAAAGUCUUCAUCACUCUCAGCCUCACAUGUCAUCCAGCAGAGUAUCUGAUAGGCAGUGAGUGCUGUCCCAGGUGUUCUGCAGGGAGUCGAGUUAAAACUCACUGUAAUGAGUACAGAAGCACUUCCUGUCUGCCCUGUGUGGAUGGAACCUUCACUGAUAAACCCAACGGACUAGAACAGUGCACUCCCUGUACAAACUGUGCAGCAGGUUCUGGUCUGAAGGUAAAGAGGUCAUGUACAGGAACAUCAGACACAGUCUGUGAACCCCUGCAGGGAUUCUACUGUAUCUACUCUGUAGGAGACGACUGUGAGACAGCACAGAGACACAGCAGCUGUGGACCAGGACAGUACAUCAGCAAACAUGGAACAGCCUCCACAGACACCGAGUGCUCCGACUGCAGAGCUGGAACCUUUUCAGAUGGAACAUCUGCAUCCUGUCAGCCACACACACAAUGUGAAGAUCUAAACCUUCAGGAGAAAACAGCAGGAACAUCUGCAGCUGAUGCUCAGUGUGGAGAACGUGGAGUUAAUGUGGGAGCAGCUGUUGGUGUCCCUGUGGCUUUGGUUUUAAUUAUUGUUGCUGCAGGAGUGUUUUUGUGGUUCCAAAAAGUGUCUGUGGAAACUGAGAAAACCAGAUGGAGAACAAGUGACAUAUCAGAAUGGAAGUGGGAAACAUCAUGAAGGUGAAGAAGAAGAGCAGCUUCCUCUCCCUGCUGUAUAAACGUCUCCUAGACUCCUGGACUGUGACUCUGUGUUUGCAGAGGUCAGAGGUCAAAGACCAAGCUGAGCUUCCUGCUUCCACCUCCUGGAUCAUCAUGUCACUGCAGUCACACUAAACCUUGGAGUGUGUUGGUCCUCGUGAAGCUACUGCUGAUACACUGUUGGUCAUGUGACUGCACACAGACUCACACAGAGCUCAGAGCAGGAAGUGGAGAUCAGGCUGAAGCUGAGGACCAGCUAACAUGAAUCUGACUGCAGCAUCACGGAGCCCUGGAUAUUUUUAUUAAAGUCAAUAUGAAGAGUAACUGAAACAUUACACACUGUAUAUACACAGUAAUAACACUGUGUAUAUAUUAUUUUUACUGUUAUUACUGUGUAUACACACAGGAACAUGUGACACACACACACACUGAUUCUUUGUUAUAUUUUCAGUCAUUUUAAGGAGCCUGAUGUGACCUCAGUGAUUGAAGCUCAGGUUUCUCCACAACAAUGAAGCUUUGAUGGAAGCUUUGAAUCAGCAGCUU